AAUAUAAGAAUAGAUGCUUGCAUGUAUUUUGAUCAGCGAUAUCUCGUGGCGAAUACGAUAAACUAAUACGAAGUGCCGACAUAAACAUGGGUUAAAUUCGAUGAUUUUUGACCUUUCUCUACGCAAGAGAUCAGUUUCCCAUUGAGUAUUAUUGAGUUAUUUAGUGUAAGGCAAAUGCCAAUGCCGAAGCUCAUCAAACACUUUUAGAAGCUUGUGAUAAUGCUGCUCCAACACAUCCCAAUUGACUUUGAUUCCAACCGUUUAAAAGUGCGUACUUUAAUGUCAUUGGCAAAGGACGACCUGGAACACAAAAACAAAAAUUCAAAGGCAAUAAAUUCCAUAAUUUAUUGAACAAAAGACCAGUUCAAGCUUGCAAAGAACUUUCGAACAGCUUAGCAAUUCUGUAGAAAGAAACUGUUUCUAUACGUUUACAUGCCAUGGAAAACGACUCAAAAAGAGAACGAAGAGAAAAUGGCUAUCAUACGUCGUUGACUGAAAAUGUAAUUUUGAACGGUUUCUACAAUUCGCGGUUUCACUGCUUUCUAGGCAUAAAAAGGAAGAGUUUUCUGUGGCGUUCUGCAGCGAUCUACCACAAUAAUCACAAAUCCAAAAAGUCAUUGAUUAGUCCAGGUGAAGCCAUCCAAUAUCAAUAAGUUGUAGUACAUUCUACAGAUCUGCUAAAUCCGAAGGAAAUUGUUAUUGCAUACGUCUAUCAAUGUCAAUUGAACAACUUGAACGUCGUAUUGUUGCAAAAAAAAAAGAAAGACAUCAACGGUUAACAGAAAAUCAUCAUCCUCUUGCAUGACAACGCUCGUCGGCACGUUGCAAUUGUUGCAACGUCAAGGAUAUACGGUUGCAGUUUGAAUGGAAAGUUCUGUCACACCCGGCAUAGUCGCGAAACAUAGCGUCUUCUCUAGUUAGCAAUUGUUAAGAUCGAUGCAGGAUGACUUGGCUGGCAUGCGGCUGAAAAGCUGCGAAAAUGAGUUCAUAAUUGGAUCGCUGCCAAAUCAAUAUCGUUCUUUCGACACGUUAUCGUCGCCAUAUUGUCAGCCAAAAAGGAAAACGAUGAUGCAAAAUAUUUGGAUUAAUUUACAUGAAGAUUCGCUAGCAUUAUGUUGUGAUGCGGAUCAGAUCUCUAUCAUGCAUCAGGGUAUGUCUCAAAUUGAUGGGAUUUAUUCGCGUUGUCCUACAUGCAGUUUAAAUAUGGCUUUAAUCUUUUGUUUGAUGAAUUGUGCACAAAAUCAAAGUUUAUUUUUAACACCUUAUCUCGGUAAUCAUAGUACCGAAGGCAGUUAUGUGAAAAGCAUUGAUUAUCGUAUCGAAGACAAGGCCGCUGAAAAAAUUUACAAUAGCUGUAAAGGUAUUCAGCAUUCACAGACGGGCCGACCAGCUAUGGAUUUAGCUUGCGGUUCAUUCAAUGCGCGCACCUGCAAUCACCGUAAAUGGUUUAAUUUUAUGGGCGACACAACAAUUAAUAAUUAUGUUCCAUUUCCCAUUAAUUAUUCAUUUUUCAAUGAAUCCUUCGAUGACCAAUACCUUUCACUAUAUCCGCUUGAUUGCUCACAAGGUUACCAAAAAUCUUAUGCCUGCGCCUGUAUUGAUUGUCCUCACUCUUGUCCAAUAGCCGAUGCACCCAUAUCGCAUAUAGAUAUAUUCACUUUUACUGGCCUAUAUGGUAUUCUCGCUCUUAUCCUGAUUCCCCUAAUUGCGAAUUUAUGUUCCAAAGUUAAAAUUCGAGCAAAUUUUGCAGGCUUUAGUCGAUUGAACGAUGUAUUCUACAAUGGAUUCAAGUUUUGGGGCACUUUUUGUGCUCAACAUCCAACCCUGAUUUUAGCCAUAUGUUCAUGGAUAGUUGCAGGACUAUGUUAUGGUCUGCAUUAUAUGAGUAUAAUCACAGAUCCCGUUGAAAUGUGGGCCGGUCCUAACAGUCAAAGUCGCCUAGAUAAGGAUUAUUUUGAUUCAUAUUUUGGACGCUUCUAUCGAACAAAUCAAAUAUUUAUUAAACCAAAAAACGACGCCACCUUCAAUCACACUACAUCGAAGGGCAACGUAACAUUUGGACCUGCUUUUGAAAAAAAAUUUCUUACAGAAGCUUUUAAACUACAGGAAGCUAUCGAAUCAUUGGGUAUGGACAAGGAAGUCGGUCUAGAUAAAGUUUGUUACGCACCACUUAUGCAUCCAGAAGAGAAAGCUACUUUAAAGGAUUGCGCCACUCAAUCGCUAUACGGAUAUUUUCAAAAUAAUAUGAGUUUAUUCGAACAGGAAUAUCACGACGCCGAUGGAAACGUUAUCAACUAUCUAAAUCAUUUAGAGGAGUGCUUGAGGGUUCCAAUGCUAGAAAAUUGUUUUGGUCCAUAUGGUGGCCCCAUUGAGCCGGCUAUUGCAGUUGGUGGUAUGCCUAUGCUAAACAAAAAUAACGCAGAAGAACCAAAUUAUUUGCUUGCUAACGGUCUAGUGUUUACAUUUCUUGGUAAAAAUCCUAGUAAUGGGGACUUACUAGAGCUUAACAUGGAAUGGGAAAAGCUAUUUAUACGUUUUAUGAAAAAUCAUACAAGCGACUUAAUUGAUGUGGCGUUUUCAGCGGAACGUUCAAUACAAGAUGCAAUUGAAGAAUUAUCGAAUGGAGAAAAGCUUACAAUAGUUAUUAGCUAUAUGAUGAUGCUCUUAUAUGUAACUAUCGCCUUAAGUCGGCUGCAUACCAAAUUCAAAGAUUGUCUACUUGAAUCGAAAGUAAUGUUGGCCACGGGUGGCAUUUGCAUUGUACUAGCAUCUGUGGUUUGUAGCCUUGGCUUUUGGAGUUAUAUGAAAAUACCUACGACAAUGCUGGCCAUGGAGGUUAUUCCGUUCUUAGUCUUGGCAAUUGGCGUUGAUAACAUUUUUAUUAUAGUUCACACCUAUAAUCGUUUAGAUCGUCAAAAACACAAUAGUUCACAUGGAGCGAUUGGUGAAACCAUGGGUCAAGUGGGACCAUCAAUAUUACAAACAACAGUGUCAGAAUGCGCUUGUUUUGGCAUCGGCUCGUUAUCGGAUAUGCCGGCAGUGAAAACGUUUGCUAUGUACGCUGCCGUUGCCGUACUCGUCGAUUUCCUUUUGCAAAUCAGCGCAUUCCUGGCUAUUAUGACAUUAAACGAACGUCGCCAAGAAUCGGGACGUCUUGAUCUAUUAUGUUGUUUCACCGUAGAUACUAAAUCGAAUAUGACAACUAGUAACGCGAAUGGGUUGCUGGAGAGAUUUUUCUCAAAAUUUUAUUCGCCAUUUCUAUUAUCCAAAAACGUUAAAUUGGUCGUGCUGUUAGCGUUCUUCGUCAUUACAUGUGUUUCGUUAGCGUUGGCACCGAAUCUUGAAAUCGGAUUAGAGCAGGAGAUGUCAAUGCCGCAGAGCUCACAUUUAGUGAAAUAUUUUAAUUAUAUGCGUGACUUGCUGUCAAUGGGUGCUCCAGUAUAUUGGGUACUAAGACAAGGACUUGAUUACGCAAACCGAAGUCAACAGAAUUUAAUUUGCAGCGGUGUCAGAUGUAAUAACAAUUCACUGUCGAUGCAACUAUAUGUUCAAUCGCGCUAUCCUGAAAUAACUCAUUUGAGCCGACCUGCCUCAUCUUGGCUCGAUGACUACAUUGACUGGUUGAGCGUAGACGAAUGCUGUAAAAUAAAUAUAACAAAUCAGAGUUUUUGCCCAAGCAAUUCAAGAGAUGAAAAUUGCAUUCCGUGUCCAAGGCAAUUUGAAGAGGAUAGAUUGCGACCUACAUCGGGCACAUUCAGAAAAUAUGUUUCGUAUUUUUUAACUGAUUUACCCAAUGCACAAUGCGCUAAGGCGGGUGGAGCUUCUUACGCUGACGCCGUUAUUUAUACUUUGGAUGAAAAGGGAGAUAGUACAGUUCUCGAUACAUACUUUAUGGAAUAUUCAACUGUUGCCACAACGUCUAGAGAGUUUUAUUCAACCGUACGAGAAACUCGUCGAAUAGCCAAUGAUAUCAAUCAGAUGUUGCUUGAGAAUGGUGUAAAUGCCACGAUUUUUCCUUAUUGCAUAUUUUUCAUUUAUUAUGAACAGUAUUUAACGAUAUGGCAAGAUGCAUUAUUUUCAUUAGCAAUGUCUUUAUUGGCAAUAUUCGUAGUGACUUUGUUUAUCACUGCGUUCGAUUUGAUAUCGGCUCUCUUAGUCACCGGAAUGGUUUUACUCAUAUUGAUUAACAUGUGUGGUAUGAUGUGGAUUUGGAAUAUUGCAUUAAAUGCCAUUUCGUUAGUUAAUUUAGUUGUCUGUAUGGGUAUAGGUGUUGAAUUUGUCUCACAUAUUAUAAGAGCGUAUAAAAAUGCUGAUGGCAGCAAUCAAGAACGAGCUCAACAUUCUUUAGCCUCUAUGGGUAGUAGUGUAUUCUCUGGGAUCACAUUAACAAAAUUCGCUGGAAUUUUAGUCUUGGCUUUUUCGAAUUCAAAAGUUUUUCAAAUUUUCUAUUUUCGUAUGUAUCUGGGUAUUGUCUUAAUUGGAGCUGCGCACGGCCUAAUUCUAUUACCGGUUAUCUUAAGCUUUUACGGACCUAGACGUUCUUAAUUAAUCUAAAAAAUCUAAAUAUAGAUAAAUACGCAUCUCCUUAACAACAUAUGUGUCUCAAGUGAUUAUAAAAGGGUUAGCAGAGUUGCAAAUUCGAAUAAUGUGGAUCUCUGGCUAUUCAUUAUUUUGCUACAAUCCGUAUCAUUUAGAAGACGGAACAUGUCAU